AUCAGUGAGAGACAUGGCCAGGGAUGGCGAGGGGAGUGAGCAGACUCCAAUCACUGCUGCUGAUGCCCUGAUAGCUGGGGGAGAAUAAUAAGGGUAACAACAGAGUACUAAGCACGAAUCUGAUGGUAGGAGAAAGAGUAACGCGGUGAGAAGAAGUUCCAUGUGAAGCAGCAUUCCGCCGCCGCCAGAUAGAUGUGUUGUCCGCACGCCUGCACGUAUAGACAUGAACGCCCAGAUGACCAUGGACACUAUCGGCGAUCUGCACGGGGUGAGCCAUGAUCCGGUAUCAUCCACCGCCGAUAUGAUGAGCAGCAGCCCGCACCACCGGGGAUCGGUGAGCCAUCGCAGCAACCACCUGGGUGCUCACCCCAGGUCCAUGGGCAUGGCAUCCCUACUGGACGGAGGAGACUAUCACCAUCACCACCACCACCACCGACCCCCCGACCAUGCCUUAACGGGGCCCCUCCAUCCCACCAUGACCAUGGCUUGUGACACCCCGCCUGGCAUGAGCAUGAGCAGCACCUAUACCACGCUGACCCCCCUGCAGCCCUUGCCCCCCAUUUCCACAGUGUCGGACAAAUUCCCCCAUCACCACCACCACCACCAUCACCACCACCCACAUCAGCGGAUACCGGGCAAUGUCAGCGGCAGUUUCACCCUCAUGAGGGAUGACAGGGGUCUGGCUUCUAUGAACAACCUCUACACCCCUUACCACAAGGAUGUAACUGGUAUGGGACAAAGCCUGUCCCCCCUCUCCGGAUCUGGUCUGGGGAGCAUCCAUAAUUCUCAGCAAGGCUUGCCCCACUAUGCUCACCCCAGUGCCACCAUGCCCUCCGAAAAAAUGCUCACCCCCAAUGGGUUUGAAGCCCAUCACCAAGCCAUGCUGACAAGGCAUGGAGAGCAACAUCUAACCCCGCCAUCCGCUGGCAUGGUGCCUAUGAAUGGGAUCCCCCACCAUCCCCAUGCCCAUUUAAAUGCCCAGGGUCACGGGCAGAUUCUGGGCUCCACCAGGGAGCAAAACAAUUCGUCUGUGACUGGAUCACAAGUCAACAAUGGAAGUAAUUCAGGGCAAAUGGAAGAGAUCAAUACCAAAGAGGUAGCUCAGAGGAUCACCACGGAGCUGAAGCGGUACAGCAUCCCCCAGGCGAUCUUUGCCCAGAGGGUGCUGUGCCGCUCUCAAGGGACCCUCUCAGACCUGCUGAGGAACCCCAAACCUUGGAGCAAACUGAAAUCCGGCCGGGAGACCUUUCGCAGGAUGUGGAAAUGGCUGCAGGAACCUGAAUUCCAGAGGAUGUCAGCUCUUAGGCUUGCAGCUUUGGUACCAGCCGAUCCGGUGUUUCAGCACUCUGGACAGUUGCCUGCAGACUCCCUGGUUAAAAUCGGCUAUCCAUCACAAAGCACCCAGUCUAAUCACUUGUCAUGUAAACGAAAAGAACAAGAUCAUGGUAAAGACAGAGGGAAUACACCAAAAAAGCCAAGGUUGGUCUUCACAGAUGUCCAACGUAGGACUCUCCAUGCAAUAUUCAAAGAAAAUAAACGCCCAUCCAAAGAGUUACAAAUCACAAUUUCACAGCAGCUUGGCUUGGAGCUCAGCACAGUCAGCAAUUUCUUUAUGAAUGCUCGCAGGAGGAGUCUAGAUAAGUGGCAAGAUGACGGCAGUUCGGGAAAUACAUCAUCUUCAUCAAGCACUUGUACCAAAGCAUGAAGGAAACACAAAUAAAAAUACAAAAAUAAAUAAAUAAAAAGAAACUACAACCUCGGUGGAAAAGCUUUAAUACAAAGGACAAGGACCUCAAAAUAACAGGUUUAUACUUUGAGAACUAUUUUAAACCAAAAUUAUUUAUAAGUCCAAAGAAACCAAAGACUCAUUUCUCCUGUAUGGUGAACUUUUAUUCUUAAGACAUUUUUCAGGAGAACGACUUGCAAAAAAAAUAAUAAUAAUGAAACAAAACUCCACUGACCUUACACCUUUAGCCAUCAUCAUCAUCCUCACCGUACUUUGCCGUGUGGUGGUUUGGAACAUCGUGGUCUGUUGUCAUUGAAUGGACAAUUUCUGAUAUGGUCAUUCAUUGCCGCCACACAUUUAAACAUGAAGGUGUAUUGUAAGUCAGUACUGUAUACAAUCCAGUGGUAAGGAAUUUGGUCAUAACUUGUCUGUAGGUUGGGAUAUGGUGUGACCAACAAGUCAUCUUGAGUUUAUUGGAACUGACUGUAAUUGUGUCGUUUGAAACUAGCGGUUUCAAGGCUUGCCGGUGGUGGUCAAAUGACUGAAUGGCACCUAGACCUGUGCAUUCUCUUUGUUUGUUAAGAGUUGUCCAGAAAAUAGAAACACAACCUCUCCCACAAGUGCAACAUACCAAAGAACAUGUUUAGUAUAGUAGUCCAGGUGUUUUAUUCCAGUGAUUUUAAUAUUCCAGUGAUAUUUUUACAUAAUGUUGUAUUAAGAAAUGUAGGUAUAAACUAUUCUAAUUUCUUACAAGAAAAAAAAAAGAAAACUCACAAACAUUCAUUAUAAACAGGACUGUUAUUUGUAAAGACGCAUAAUAAUAGGGAUUUCUUUCUCACCAAAGAUAUUUGAAGGGUACGGUCUACUUGAAUCGAGCACAAAUAUCUAGAGCUUGUAUGAUAUUUUCUUUUUUAUGCUUAUGGAUUGUGUGUGUAUAUAUGCUCAAGUGUGGAUGUCUGUUUGUGUGGGUGUGUGUCCAUCUCAAAAUUAAAACCCGGAUAUACAAUAAUUUUAUUUCUUAGUAAGAUUAGUUUUCAUCAAACUGAGACCAGCAACAUUUUGAAGCUAAUUAUUUCAUGUUUCAACCACCAACCCACCCAAUCCCAAACAAUUUAGCUGCCUUUAUUUCAAAUUAAGUAAUGCAGCCAUACGAUUGAUUACUGUUGCCAAAGUUGACUGCAUGGGGCCAGUGGUAACUGGGGAGACAUGUGUAAGUUUCCGGUUCCCUGCUACAAGAUCUGGUUUGGCGCUGUUUUCUUCAGAAAUGACAAUGCAUACAGUAACAUAACAAUGUGCAUAAUUAUAAUAAUAAAUAUUAGGGCCAGUUGAAGCAUGAAACAAUGACAUUUAAAAAAACAGUGAUAAUCUAUAAACUAAAGUACAGUAUGGCCAAAUGUGAUAUGCUUGUGAUUGACUUGUGAUUUGCUAGUCAAUAGUCAAUAGUUUCAAAGCCCCUGUUUGUUUUAAGGAAAAACCAACCUGGUUCUGCCUUAAAACUCAUUGCUUCUUUAAACCUAGCAACUCUAUUACUGAAAUUACGCUAGUGCCUGCUAAUCACAGGCUAUUGCAUUUGAGUCUAUGUGUUAGAAAGCUUCAUUGUCAUUUCUGUUCUAAAGAUAAGGCUUGAGGAACAUCUGGCAUUCUAGUUACUGUGGAACUAGAAGUCCCAACAUGGCCUGUCAAAAAACAACAAAGAGAACAUGUUGGGAGUUAGAUAUCAAAAAAAUGCCUACAGUACUUUUGCUAUAGAGGCAGCUUAAUUUAAAUAGUAAUUUACAAGCUCAAGUAAAAAAGGUCUCAUUUCGGUGGUGAACUCUCAAUACAAGAUGAUAAAAUAGGUAACCAAUCACUACUUUGCCUAUAAACUAACCUAUCAUACUUUGCCUAUAAACUUUCUUUUUGUAGUCUUAAUUAUAUAAUUCAGAAAUCCAAGGUGACUGCCUAUGUUUUCAUACCACUACAUAUUUGCCAUGUACAAGAAGGUACAUUAUUAUAUUCACUGAGCUAUCAACAGUUCACAGUGAUAUAAAUGCUACAAUUCAUUUAAUUUAUAUUAUUACUUUCAUUUUAUGUUCAUUUUUAAUAAUAUCCUAUUCCAAAAACAAUGUAGCUAGUGUUGCACACACAAACAAAGUAUAGUUUAUUGUUUAAAAGAAAUCCAAGUGUUUAGUUUUAUUUGCAGAAUGGUAAAUAUGGUUUCAUUUCUGUUUGAAAUGUUUUGAGAUGUAAUCAGUCAACUCAUUGCUGAUACCAAAGAGCCCUGUUUCAAUAGCAGUGAUGUUAUACCGAAUACCGGUAUGCAAUUUCAUGGCAUUAAACAAUCCAUAAUUGGUUACCAAAUCCAUAUUACCAGUCUCCUCAGUGCUCAGCCCCAAUAAACCCGAAUUAUUCCUUAACAUAUGGAAAUGAUCAUAGACAAUAAUAUUAUUAUGUUUAGUAGCAGGUGUUUUGGAGCAAAUCUAGCUUAUUAAAACCUGGUUAUAUUGUAUCACCAUAUAAAUUAUGUUUUUCCCUAGCCAAUAUAAUCAGUAAUAACAUAAUCACAGAACAGUCCUUUCAUUUGUAGGAUAUCAAUUAGACCUCAGGACAUUGCCUUUACAUGGUUAUGAUUUGGUACAUGAAUGGGUUAAUAUAACAUUUUCCUUAUGGCAUAGGUCUGCUUAUGUUUAAUAUAUUUGAUAUGUUAAAAUAUAAUUUUGUGCAAUUAGAAAAAAUAUAUACAUUUCCAAAAGUUAGAUCUGAAUUGUUCCGUACCGUUUCGGAGGGGGGAGGUGUUUUUGCUUUUUGAAGGGUUUUUUUUUUGUUAUUUUAAUUUAAAUGUUCAAUCUUUACUGUUGAAUACUUGCUAUACCAAAGAGUCUUAGGACAAGUCCACUCUAUAGAGCUGGAAGGGCAGUGACACAGUAGGGAUCUCUUUUUGUACUUCAGAUCUAAGUUAUAAUAAUAAUAAUUAAAAAAAAACUAUGCAUUUAGCAAACAAAGAGAAAGUACUUUGGCUGUGUUGCCUAAUUAGUGUUCAUGGUGCAUUCAAUUUCCUAUCACAGAGGUCAGUCUGAUUUCAUUGUGCUGGCCUUUUGGUCUAUUGUGGUGUGGUUAGCUAUACAAUACAUUUGGUAACUAUUUCCUAAAACGACAAAGAAGCAAAGAAAUAGCUGCUUCCAUGUAUGAAAAAAAUAAAAUAAAAUAAAAAAAAGUGUAAAGAUCGACUAUUUAUAGUGUGAACCAAAGAUGCUACCUCACUCAAUUUCCAUUUAGUGAUUUUAAUCACAUUGAUGAUACCAAAGAAUACCAAAGAUUUUGUUCAUGCACGGCCUUCGUCUGCCAAAGGCACUCAGCGACCUUUCCCUGAUUUCUGACCCAUGACCCCUGACCUUUGAGAAAUAUAACUCUUUUUUUCCCAUAAAUAUUAUAAUUAACCCCUUCAGGGUCAGAGGUGCUGCAAAGCACCCUUGAGACUGAUGGACUCAAUAGCAGAGAGACCAGAUGGCCUCACAUGAUCAUGGCCUGGCUCAUCAAUUCUCAAUGGUAAUUUUAUCCCCCCCAAAAAAUAAAUAAAUAAAUAAAUCUGUUUUGUUGGACAUGGAUGUUUCAAAAUACCUAGAAUAUAAAAUAGCCAUCUCUGUGGGUUAUCUGCCAAUACGGGAAGGGAUGUUUCAGGAGUUAGCAUGACAGCCUUUUCCAAUGUCCAAGACUCACUCCAAUACAAACAUUGGUUACACAGGCAGACAGCCACAGAAUACAUCAGACACAGAAACUAAACAUCCAUUUAAAGAAGCUGUGGUCUAACAAUAAAUCGUGCUGAUGGCUGUCCAGCCUUCUAUAAGCCAGACCAUGAUCAUUGUCUUUCAAUGGUCAUCUGAUGCCUUCUGUAAAAAAAAAAAAAGUACAUACCAAACCAUUAACAAUGCUUGGGGGAAAAAACAAAGCUUUAAACAAAAAUGUUGCAAACUUUGUAAACUCAUAGGACGAGUGCCUUGCUUAUACCAAAGUGUUAAACCGCUGUUGACCUCUUCUAUCUCACCUUAUACAUCUUUAAAUACCUCAGCCUCUUAGAAAGGCCACUAAUUAAAUAAUAAUAAUACUGAUAAAGGAAUAACUCUUCACCGUGGUGCUUUUGCAGUGCAACCAUGCAAUGAACAUUUCUUUGAUACCAAAGGAUUUUAUUUUACACUCUUCUUCUAUAGCUGAUGAACCAAAGUUUUAGUCUGUCCUAGCUGUUGGCAGUCUCCUCUCUCUCCCCAUCUAUCCUUCUAUCUCUCUGCGCCUAGCUAUCUCGCUUUGAGUACCUAUUGCCUGGAUGUAGGCCGUGCAGUCCUCUUACCAAUUUCUCCAAAUACCUCAUAGUAUAAGAAAUCUUUAGGGUUAUGUUGUAUAGAAAGUCUAUGUGAUAAGACAGAACUUACUAGUUUGGUAAAUGUUAACCUUCAUUCAGAAGCUUUAUAAUGCAUAUUUAUUUUGUACUUCCUUUAUUUCAUUAUUUGAGUUUCUCUAUUGCUCUCUCCAAAGAAAAAAAAAAUCUUCCCCCUGUAAAGAAAGGAAGAGAUAGGUUUAGGACAGGUUGCAAAAUUGAAUGCAAUGAAGAUUUUUAGGUCUUGUUUUGUUUAUUAUUUGUUUUUAAACAAUGACACUUUGUGUUUGAUAUUAGAUAUUUUUUUACAGGGUAAAACAAAAUCAAUUCUAUGUAAAACACAUUUGGUUAUGUUCUUUUUUUUAAUGAACUGUACAUGUCAUAUUUAAUUUAGAUUUUGGUUAUUUAAUCUCUGCAUAAUUUAACUAUUGUAGUUUGAAAAUAGCUGUAUAUAGUCCGUUUCAAAACAACCAAAGUACCAUGUUACAAUCGUUUUGUUUGUUUGCUAAGAUGUAAUGAUGGAGAGAUAUUUUUCUCUUGAUUGUGCAGGGUGUAUAAAGAAAAAUCUUAGCAGAGGCUGAUGUGUGUUUUAAACACUGCCAGAUCCCUAUACCUUUUACUGAUAAAGGUAUUGUUAUCAAACCAAAAAGAAGUCUUUUGUAUGUAUGUAUGUACAUUUUAUGGGUUUUUGUUGUUAAUUUAUUUCUUAGGGGGUUAUUUUGUGGGUAUAACCUGCACAUCCAAAGAAUAUUUCAGAUGUUGUUCAAUGUUAAUCAAGCACUGGCAUUUGUGUGAUUUAUUUCUUAUGAAUUGCUUUGUUUAAGUGUGUAUAUAAAUAUGUAUAAUUUGCCAUAAGCACGGGUAUAGAAAGAAGAAGGCGUCAAACUUGUAUUUGGAUAUUUGCUGAACUUUAUAAAUAAAUUGUCAUUCUAAAUUAAAAUCUGUGGUUUACAGAUGUUGCAGGUAACAAGUUUGGGAUGGGAAUGUUCAUUUUGGUUGCCUCUUGUAUGGCAGAUUAGUUAUGAAGGGCAGCUGGACUGCUACUAAUUAAAAAAUGUGUAAAUAAUUCAAAAGUACAGAGCAUUAAAGGUAAACUAAGGAUAACCCCCCCAAACAAAAUAUAUCCAAAAAUUUGAUAAUUUCUUUGUGACCUUUGAAAAACAUUUUGUUGCUACCCUGCUGGUCCACAAUCUCCGCUGGAUCUGUAGAGACCAAAGAGUUGAUGUAUAAAGCAAUUAAAGGAUUGAAGAAGUAGACCAGUGACGAAGCCAAUCAUCUUUGAGAUAGCAUUUAUUAAACUUCUACACAAGUCCACUUCUCUACUGAUUUCACUUCUUGAUACAUCGACCCCUAAUUAACACAUAGGUGAAGAAAACGGAAAAACGUUAUGGAAACUAGUGCACAUAUAUUUAAAAGAGGUGCUGUAAUCCAUUGAAUGAUUGCUUUCAUGUUCUUAAUAUUACUAGAAAGAAAAAUCACAGAAUACUCUGGGUUACAUAACCUUUUUUGCUAUUUGUGCACUAUUCUUUAUAAAAUGCCUCCCCUUCCACACAUCUCCUAUGACAUUAUGCAAUGCUUAAAUUAACUGCUUGCUGUCACAUCCCUGUUGGAAGGGUUGGUCAAGCAUGAGGCAAGUUUAGAGAAGAUUGACCACUCCAAGAAUUGGUGCACCAAGCGUGUACCAUCCACAUGAUUUCAUAUGUGAGGGUUGUAAUACAUAGCAUUUUCAGAUGCAUGAUUUUUCUACAAUUUUAUCUAUGGCUUUACUUCACCUUUACCCUCUGUUUGUGUCUUUUUGUGUUUUAUUCAAUUUUUUGUAUUUUAUUUUAUUUUUUGUUUUGUUUGCUUUUUUUGUUUACCAUAAUUACCAUAUUACUGAAAUGCAGAUGUGAUAAGUGUCAUUAACUCUUGUAUAAUACUGUGCAUUGAUUUACUGUGCGACAGAGUCUUGUGUUUUGGAAACUGUUCUGACAUCUACAAGGCACACUUAGUAAUCUGCAUCAAUUUGCAGUGACAAUUACUUUGAUGUCAGAAAAUGAAAUAAAUUUCAUCAAUGUA